AUAGGUCACUGGGAGGGGACAGCUGCUGAGGGGACAUCCAGGACCAGACUGAACCUCUUUUCCCCUUGCCUAAGCCAUGCAACUCUGUGGGAGUAGCGAGCUGCUGACUGAGACAGUGAGUACAGGGGACUAGGAAAGAAACGCUAUGGAGAGAGACAAGGAAGGCUGCAGUAAGGUCACCAUGAUCUGUGUGACCUGGGAACUGGGCUGCACACUCCCAUCUCACGGUUUAGUUCCUCCUGGGCACUGGAAUGACUUCCUGGCGCUCACACUGCAGACCAGUCUCCAGCUUUGAACUUGGACCCUGCAUGCGUGCGUACUGCUUCCUCGCAAUCCAUUUGCUCUCACCUUGCAGCGUUUCCCAGAUCCUUCCCUUCUCUCUCUAGUCUCCCAAAUCACAGCUGCCUUCUUUCCUCGCUGACUCUGUCUUUCUCCAGCCUCUAUUCUGGUCUGAAGUUUGCCCUGAGGAGGAUAUAGCCACAAUCCAAGGGACAUGCAGAGUCCUCAGCCAGAGUGGCUGGAGUCUUGCCUGAGGUGGAGUGACAGAGACAGGGUCCCGCUCUAGGCAUUUGACUUCAAGUUCCAUUUAAGUUUUGUGGUCCCCGGGGUUGGAGGGCUCAGAGCUCUCAGGAGCAGUCCUCUCUGCCCAAUGGAAUCUCCAUCAGUUCUAGGCAGCCGCCCCACUGCCCUGUGAGUGAGCAUGGAGUCUUGUAGAUCUCUUCUGUGCCAGGACCUUGGGGAGUCUCAGAAACAGCUGAAGAAGAAGCAGAAGAACCGAGUGGCUGCCCAGCGCAGCCGGCAGAAGCACACCAGUAAGGCGGACGCUCUGCACCAGCAGCACGAAUCCUUGGAGAAACAGAACCACGCCCUUCGGAAGGAGAUCCAGGCCUUGCAGACUGAGCUGGCAGGGUGGGGCCGGACACUGCACUUGCAUGAACGCCUGUGCAGAGUGGACUGUGAUCCCUGCCCUGUUCUGCUGCCCUCUGGAUGCCCAAUCCAGGCCAAGCAACCCUCAGGACAACCUGCCCCUCUUGGAUACAAUGGCUGCCAGGAACAACUGGGCCUGUUCCAGACUCCGGGCUCAUCUCCCCGAGCCCAGCAUCUCUCUCCAGGUCCAUGCUCUCAUGAGUCUCCUGGCCUCCUCCCUUCCCUCCUGCCUUCACUGGCCUUUGACCCUCUCAUGGUGAGGACACCUCUAGCCCAGCUCUCCCCCAGCCCUGUCCUGUCUGCAUCAUCACCUUCUGGUUCCAGCCUGCUGGGGUCUUUCUCUAAGCUUGAUCCCCUCAUACCCAGCCCCCAAGACCAACUGGCCCCACCACAACCCCUCAGGCAGGAGCAGCCCACCAGUGGGAGGCUGGCAUCCUCUGACUCUCCAGCUGCUCUGGGACCAGAGUGUUCACAGAACAGAGAGCAUUUGCCGGCACUGCCUGGCUCCUCCACUCAUUGGCAGAAGUCAUCUGUGGCCCCUAGCCCACAGGCCCUCAUGGCCUUCCCCCUGCUUUCUUCUGCAAAAGUCCACUUCUAGCCUAUGUCUAGAGAGGACCUGCCUUACCUGAGCACCUAGGCAGCUCCAUUUCUGUUCUUCCUGAGUUACUGAGUGCCUACCACCGUGGACCACACAAAGCCAUCCUGUCCCUCAGCACCGCAAAGGAUGAUGGAAGGGCCAAGUGCAAGAACAUUGAACCUGGCUGGAGCAUUGCCUAUACCUUCCUUGGCAGCACUCCCAACUCUGCACAGUACCUGCACACCAACAUUGGGCUCCCCCAAAAUGGCUCCUUCAUGGCUCUUGGGACUACUGAGGCAGUGACAGCUAGGAGAGUAGGUAGUAGGUGGGAUCUCUGAAAGGGUGGUCAUUCACAGCACCCCCCAAGUGCCUCCAGUUCUUCACCAGGUUUUCACACACAGAACUGAGUGAGACGGUGUGUGAGAACUGGACCCACUCCUGGAUCAGAGCAUGGUUCUUGGCACAUGGGAUGGUAAAUAAAGUGUUCCCCCGCCUCUUGAAA